GAUUCAAAAACGACCAGUCGAGCCAUGGCGACCCCAACCGUCGCUGUAUUGGGCCUGGUGCUCCUCGGCGGAGCCCUUGCGGGGCCCUUCCAGAGGCCAACCAACGCCGAGCUCUACGACGAGGUGCGCCAGCUGCUGUCGCUGACCCAGGGCUACCAGCAGCCAGACGUCCAAACCCUAGAAUCGCUCGAAGACAAUACCGACAAACCUGACAUUCCAAGAGCUGUGAAGAACUGGCCUCAGGAGCCCCUCAAACUAGGACAAGUGUCAGGAGUUUCCGUGAAUUCUGCAUUCCAACCAGUAAUAUUCCACCGAGCUGAUCGCGUUUUCGAUCAAUACACUUUUAAUUCAACCAACCAUUUCCAACAACUCCACUUGGGACCAAUUUCCGAGCCGACCGUCCUCACCCUCGAGCCGCAAACCGGGAAAGUUCUGGGAACAUGGGGCGAAAACCUCUUCUAUAUGCCCCAUGGCUUGACCAUCGACCGGCACGACAACUUAUGGGUGACAGAUGUUGCCCUGCACCAAGCCUUCAAGUUUAAGCCGGGCGAGCUCUCCCCGGUUUUGACGUUCGGGCAGCGCCUCACCCCCGGCUCGAGCAAGAACCACCUCUGCAUGCCCACUUCGAUCGCUGUGGCUUCAGAGGGCGAGAUUUUCAUAGCGGAUGGGUACUGUAAUAGCAGGAUUUUGAAGUUCAAUGCGGCUGGGGUGCUUUUGAGGGUCAUGCCUAACCCGCCAGAGUUUUUGUCUUUGCAAGUGCCACACGGGGUUGCUCUGGUGGAGUCUAUGGAUAGGUUGUGUGUGGCGGAUAGGGAGAACAUGAGGGUGGUGUGCCCGAGGGCUGGUUUGUACAGUAUCAAGGGGAAGGCGGAGCCGGCGCUCACCAUCCAGCAGCCUGACAUGGGGAGGGUGUUUGGAGUCGCCGCCAAAGGAAAACUUAUUUACGCCGUAAACGGACCAACAUCGCAACUACUGCCUGUCCAAGGUCUCACAAUAGAUGUCCAAACCGAAUCCGUCAUUGAUCACUGGGCACCCGAAGAGGGCUUCGGGCAGCCCCACGCCAUCGCCGUGUGCCCCAACGGCUCGGCCCUGUACGUGGGCGAGAUCGGGCCGAACCGCAUCUGGAAGUUCGAGCUGGUGCCGCCGAAGAAGAAGUAACCAGCAAUCAAAAAAUCUCACUAUAUCCUGCGCGAAGUUGCUGCAAUAUCAUUCAAGAAUAGCUAGAACCAUAGAGGGACUUCAUACGUAUACCAUAGCGACUUAAGGAGUUAUUGUUACAUUUGCAUAGCACAUUUAUAUUAACUUAUUGUACCAUCAUUUAUAUAGACAAUAAAAAAAUUCCGUUUUA